GGGCGGCGGAGGCGGUGCAGGUGCAGGUGCGGGAUCGCGCCGCUCCAUCCGCCAGGUGCGGACGCCGCUGGGGUCGGCUCCGCACGCCAUGGAGCGCGAUCGGGGCCCGCGGGGCGGAGGAGGAGGAGGCGGCGGAGGAGGAGGAGGAGGGGGCAACUCGGCCGUGGAUCUCGGCUUCGGGGCCCUCAGCACCGCCCAGCUCCGAGCCUUGAUGCGCGACGAAACCUGGCUAGAGCGCAUCGUCAAGCUGAGCCGGAAGUUCCAGAACCUGCAGCUGGAGCGGGAGAUGCGCCUGGCCUCCAACUACACCUUGGCGAGGCAGAACCUGGCCAUGCAGCCGCGGCUGGAGAAUGGCAAGGCUUCCUUAGCCAUCAAGUACCAGGAGCUGCGGGAGCUGCGGGAGGCCUGCCGAGACAAGCAGCAGCGCUUGGGAGCGUGUAUGGCCAAAUGGACACCCGAAAAUGCCCUGAGUCGACUCCAAGCUGAACUGGAUGGAGUAGAAAUCAGAGUCGAGGAACAAAUGGAGCGCUUCCUGUGCUGGGAGCUGCCCAUCGAGAGCUUCGUGGAGACCUUCCAGCACAGCCGCAUGCUCUCCCACCUCCGCCGCACCCAGCUGGAGAAGCUACAGGAGAUGCUGAAGCUGGAGAAGGAGAAGACUCCGGGGGAGAAGCCCAGUCCCGGCAGCGAGGAUACCCCUGCCAUCUCCCCGGCAGCCCCUCCCAUGGCCCCAAUCCCCCCGUCCACUUUGGCUCUGGCACAGAGUGGGGCCAAGCUCUUCCAGCUCCGCUUGGCACCAGCAUUUCUGAUCCCAUCGGAGGCUGUCCUGCCUAUCCCAGUGGCAGCCGGUGGCCCCCAGAAGUGCUGCCUGCCUUCCCUAACCACCUCUGCCACGCAUCCAGCCGCCGGCGCCCCCUUCGGCUUAAUUGGACACAUCCACUUGCCGCAAGCCCACCUGCCCCACCAGACCAAGAAGAAGGAGCCGCCCCACCGGUAGCCUGACGGGAUGCGACAGUUGUACCGAACAUGGGACGUUUUGGGUCGGGAUCCGAGGUGCGGAGCCCUGGACCCGAUGACGGGUCGGAACCCCAGACGGCUCCGGACCCUUUGUUUCCUCUUUCUGGCGCCAAAUCUGAUUUGGACUCCCCUUUGUCUCCAACACUCCCCAAAUAGGCAGCUGUUUGGACGACUGUGGGAUCGGGACGGGAGACGUCCCUGUUUUGAGCGAUGCUUGAGUGCCAUCUUUCUGUCCUUUUCCCCCUGCCACUUCCUUCUUUCGUGGGGGUUCAUUAUUAACGUUGAUCCGGAGAACGAAGACCACCAAGCUGCCAAUCCGGGAGACGAUCCGCAAUCCAUCCCACAUCCGAGGGGCGUGUGAAUGGGGGCGUGAGUGCGAGGUUGCUCAGAACAGAAAGGGACAAGUGGGCAGAGAGGAGGACCGGAAGGAAGGGCACGGCGGGGCAUGGUUGGCGUCUCCGUCCCUCUUCCUUGCUAUUCGGUGUUUCUGUUGAAAGUGGAAAGGGGUGUUUUAUGGGGGCGGGGGUCUCUUUUUCGGGGUGGGUCGGGUUCCAAAAUUGUGAAGCACAGGGUAGAGUUAUUUCAAGUUCUGCAACGGCGACAGAACAGAGUUUGUAACCAGCACAGGGACACGGUCUCCACAGGGUAUCCGGAGCGGGAGAGGUCGCAAAUGCCCCAUUUUCCUUGCCUCUACAAAUGCAAACAACUUUUUGGUCCACGGUUCGAACUGCAAAGUUUCAAACAGCCACGACUCUCAUCGGUUUAGAAUUCGAAACUCAAGAAAUGCAAUUUUUUCCAACCGUUUUAUACAUUUCCCUCCCUUUUCCAUGAAGACAAAGAAGGCAUCUUCUCCUACCACCAAACCCCUCCGUUUCCGAAAUGCAUUAGACUCUCAGUUAAAUGGAACUCUCAAGCAACCGGCAAAAAAAAUCAAAUAAAUAGUCCUCUAAAUAAAAAGAAUUAAAAUAGUAUUACUCAGGCCCAUUUGAUUGAAACUUACACAAUCAGAACCGACAUUUAUCUGGAAUCUAUCCAUAUUAGGUUAACUGAGAGUCUAUUGUAAAUCUAGAAGUGGAAUAUGAAUAUCAAGUCUAGUAUAGGAUAAAGUAUUAGUUAGGGUUCUUUUGUAAUAGGAACUCUCGAGCAACCUGGAACGACAUUUAGCCAGAAAGUGGAUUAACUGAGAGUCUAUUGGGAAUCUCAAGGGGGAAUUUGCAGCGUUUUCUUGGCCGGAAAUUGAGAAUUUGGACGGAGGGAAGCCCAGGGAGGGUAUACGGGACCCA